UUGCUUACUGUGUCUAGAUAUCAGUGAACAACUCUCCACAAGAGAUCUUCAGUAGAGGCAUGGCACAGAAGAAGUCAUCUGCACAAGUGAUUAAUUCCAGUCCUCGGAAGCUUUCGCCCUUAUCAUCCCCACAGCUUGGAAUGCGCCUUAAAGCAGAGUUCAAUCCCGGAGAAAUUGACAGCGUUUUUGAAAAAUCACCUUGCAUUUCCUUUCACGACGAACACAGGGAAGAAGCUAAGCCACAAACAAUAUUACAGGUUUGUGAAAGAGAGAAAUGGAGAAAGAUGGCGCUAGCGGUGACUAUGACGAGAUUAGUAGUGUCUGUGAUUUUCGCCGGGGCAUCCUUCUUUCUCUUAGCCACCAUGAACAGUUCAUCUGUCCUCGCCACAGCUCUAGACACAACACUCACUAUGCUCACGUGUUUCGUCUUGCUGUGGAGAUUUCACGACGAAACGAGCGCGAAAAUCGCUCCUCAGAAAGAAAAGCAUGGAUCCAUUGCCUUUGGGAUAGCAUUUAUCGUGGACGCGCUGAUAACAAUUGCAUUUUCAGUGAAGCACCUGGCUGAUAAAACCAAACCAGAAGGUUCGAGCAUAAUGUGGCCAUGUCUUCUGGCUUUUUGUUUUGUCUAUUGCUUACUGGCUGGGAUGGAAUUCUGGAUAUCUUCGAAGCUUAAGAGUUCUAUUCU